AUGGGCAUAUUCCGUAAAGUAUUCAUGAAUGCAGCUGGAAUUGAGGAGCCUAAGAAAGGUUCGUAUGAGUGGAAGAAGGAAAAUCUACCAGCUGCACAACUAGAUCGAACCAGUGAUAAUGAAGCAAGAUUCAGUGGAAUACCAGCUAUUCCCAGCGACAUUGGCUUCAGUAGCGGCAAAGACACGGGAGGUUACAAAAAGAGUGGUGUCCUUUCUCAAGCAGCAACCAAUCCUGGCGUUAUCUUGGGCAUGGGCCUCACCACAUUGGCCUUGCUUGGCAUGUUC